AAAAUCGCAGAAGUACUUUAUCUAUGGACAUCCUAACCUUGGUAUAUCCAGGGGUUUUAAAAUAUUUAUUAUUUUAGGAAAAAUUGGAAACCUUAAUUAUUUCUUAAAAUGGCUUUGACUUUCCGCAACAUAAAUAAAAUCUGCAAUUUUUACAUUUCCUCACGUCGUCUUCAAAAUUGUCGUCGUAUUUGCAGUUUGAGACGCAGCUUAUUAAGCCACGAGCAGUAUUUAGAAUUGCAUACUCCGAAGUGCCCUGAAGUAAAUUGCCGCUUCGAUGUCCGACCUAUUCGUAAUGCUUUGGAAGACAACAGGGAACUGCUGAGUGACUUUAUUAAACGAGAACCUGUUUUUAGGUUAGAAAAUUAUGACAAACAAACAAAAAAAUCUUCUAGCAGUUUAGGAUUUUCGGAUGCAUCAAAAGAAGAGAACCUCUUUGGUACCAGCUCUCAAGAAGGAAAACCUCAGCCAGAAAAACUCAGACAUGUGCAUGAUGUUCUAGCUAACGAUUUACCUAAUCUUUUUAACAAGACCUUUGAUUUUACAAUUUACCAUAAGGAUAUUGUAUUUGAGGAUAAUAUAAGACACAUCCGCACAAAAGGCUUGUAUAAUUAUGCAAAACAAGUUGCAUUUCUAAGAACAGUGGGGCACUUUAAAUUUGCCUAUGUUAAUUUUGACAUAUUGAAAAUUACACAACAUCCAGAAGAGGGCACCAUAAAGGUGAGGUGGCGGAUCAAGGGUGUUUCAGCACUGUAUGUGAUGCUGAAAUUUUGGAAAGUCAAAGUAUGGAGGUCCAAAGAAAUUAUUGAGAAGAGUGAAAAUUGGUAUGACGGAUUUUCUGUGUUUUAUGUGAACUCUGAUGGAGUGAUUUUUAAGCAUGUGGCGGAAAAGAUGAUGCCAGAUGAUGACAGGUUACAGAGCCCUGCUGGUCCCAUGGGUAUGGGUGCAGCAAAAUUAGCUUUAAUUGUGGGAGUAAUACCAAGCUUUCAGAUUUAGGCCAAAUUAAAGCAUUUUCCUUAAGUAAAUAUAAUAUUUAUUAUUCCUGUGU